AGAGAUUUAUCAAAAAAUAUACUAGUCUAUAAAGAUUAUUCGCAAAGUUUAAUUAUAUAUAAAACCUUAAGUAGUCAGUAAAGAAAGCUAUCAAUCUGCACAUACAUUUUAUAUUUUAUUAUACAUACAAUUACAGGUUAGCUUAAAAUGUAUAGUAUUAUCAGCCCCAAGAUAUAGCAAAAAAGAUAAAUUCGUUCUCAAAGCAAUACAAUUUAGAAAAAUUAGUAAAAUGGAUCACAAAAUAAUCAAAGUAUAAAUAUAAAUUUGGAUAAAAAUGGCUAUAUUGAUUAAAGCCGUGAGAAAUUCAACAAAGAAGGUGAAAGACUUGAUGAAGAGUUUAAUUCUGCUAUCUAAAUUAUAGAAAAUUAAUUGGUGAAAUUUAAUAAACAUGAAAAAAUCCGCAUUGAUUAAUGGAUAAAAAAACUAUGCUAAGUCACUUCUAAUUUAGUGUGGAAAUAAAACAGAAAUUUAUAUGUAAAAGUUUUAUAAGAUAUGGUGAGCAAUACGACAAUGUACGAACCAUUUACAAAAGUUCCACCAGAAGGACCAUUGCCUAGGCUUACAAAAUUUGAUAUUCCAUAUCAUGCACGAAGCAUCAUCAGAGAUUUUGAAAAAGAAAAUGAGAACUUUAAUUUCGAUAAAUUAUCUUUUUAAAACCACUCACCAAGCAAAUUUGGAUAAGCAAACUUAAAGAAUAUGAGAGAAUAGUCAAACGAGAGGCUUAGAGGUUAUAGCUCAAACUCAAAGAGUUUUUUAAGUAUUAACAACAAUAAUAACAACAAUAAUGUAUCCAUAAAUUAGCAUAAUAAUAGUAAUAUAAGCUACGCUAACAGCAAUAAUAUUUUAGGAAAUUUAGGUUAAAAUUAAUUGAGUAAUGCAAACCUGAGUCAACAAUAUUAAAUUUAAGCAUUAAAUAAAAAUUCAAUAGCUAAAAAUAAUAAUCAAAGCUAUUCACUCAUAAAUAAUUCUUAUACUAAUUCCAGUUAAAGUCUAACAAGUGGAAACAGAUACAAUAAUAUAUUAAGCAAUGAAAUAUCAAAUGCCAUACAAAAACAGUAGAGCUUAGAAUCAAAUUCGAAUGUUUUAUAAUAGAAUAAUACAAAGACAGGGAAUGGUGGAAUUUGUGAGACAUGUAAAAUUUAUAGCAACUAAAAGGAGGAGAUAAAAAGCCCAUAGCUAUAAGAAAAGCAUUAAAAUCUUUUAAAUACUGUAAAUUCUAUAUUUGCUGAAAAGAGGUCUAAUUCAGGAAAUAGAAAUAAUUCUUCUGUCUUAUCUCCUAAUUUAAAUUUACUUUCAGACAACUAAAAUUUAACUAAUUAAUCAUCAGGCUUAAAGAGGUAGCUGAGCAUUGAAAAUCAUUAAUAAUCUAAUUACAAGAGAAGUGGAAGCUGCUAUGGCGGCUCAACAGUAGUUUAGAGAAAUGAAUCAUCUGGUAAUUCUACCUAUUAAUUACCACUUUCAAAUCUUUAACUACUAAAAAAUAAAUCAAAUAAUAAACUAACUGAUGAGUAAACUGAUGUUCCCAGUCGAGAAAACAAUUAGAAUGAAUUGCUUCAUGCUAAGAAUAAUAGCUAAAAUUAAAAAUCAAAUAUUUCUUAAUUCUAAUAUAGCUAUAAUAAUAAUUCUCACUCAACUAUAAAUGACUCAAAGAACUUAGAAUAGCCAUCAGCAAAUUAUAAUACAGAAAGGUAAAGCAACAAUAGUUUCUCAGGGAAUUUUAAGUAGAACUAGAUAAAUUCUGUAUAUAACUCCAUAGAAAAUAUCUCUAAAAACACUACCUUAGAAAACCCAUAAUCAAUAAAUACUGUUUUGGCAUCUAAUUCAAACCUUUUAGUGAAAGAUUAUCUAAAUUAAGUAGACUAACUUCAUCUCUAGGUUUAAAAAGAAAAAGAAGCUAAUUCUGAGAUAUAAAUGUAGCUAGAUCUUCUCAGAUUAAAUGAGAAUGAUCUUAAAAAAGAAAAUAACUUAAAGCAAACACAUAUUAAUUCUCUAACUAAAGCAAAUGAAAAAUUAAAGCAAGAAAACUUACAAUAUAAAGAGAAACAUUUAAAUUUUAUUGCAGUGUUGUAAAAAGUUAGUAAAUACUUGCAAUCACAUGAAGAUACUUUAUCAGAUGACUUGGAAUACUAGUAUUUAAUUAAAGAGCUUGAAAACAUACAAUAGAAAACAAGUGACCCUAUUUUAUAAACUUCUCCUUCAUCACUCGGAGAGAAUAGAAACCAUUUAAAGAAAAAGAAAAGAACAGACCUUGAUUAAAAUUAUUAAUAAUAUGCAGAAAAUAUAAAACAGAAACUUUAAUAAACAAAUGAUGGAACAAACGAAUUUCUUUCUUAUUUAAAUAGAAUUAAAAAAAACCUAGACUGA